AUGCUCGGUCUCGAGCGAAAGAAAGCUGUCAUCGUGAAAGAAAUGAUCACACUUCUCGUGCCAGCCCUAGUACAAGCCAGAAAAGUAGGUGCCGCUGAAAUGGGUAUACAUCCUGCUGCAAGCUUGUCUGCUGCUUUUGAUGCAUCUGUAGAAAAUAACGAUGAACAAGUAGAUCUGGGGAACAUCCUUAGAGAUCUACACUCUGCUUAUGGUGCUCGUGAUCGAAGUCAUCUCGACUCGAGGAAAGAAACACCAGAAAGCGAAGAGGAAAAUGUUCUGGAUGUUAUGAUCAAUGCUACAAUUGCACUGGCUACACAAUCAGCUGGAACAAAGUCCUUCGGCAGCAUCAACCUCAAGAUCGAUAUACUUAGGGCGUGUAUCGACUUCUGUGAGGCAUUGCCAGACCUAACAGGCGUUGUGCAUUUUUCUGCUCUGUUGCUGCGAGUCGUUGGUCCGCAAGGAACCAUGACUGUACAUGACCAUAAUCGCCGUGUCACGAUGGUUACAGAGGAACAACUCAGGUUAAUAUCUAACAUGGCAAGAACGAUCAAUGCUGCAGCUAAGAUCGGCCUGCCAAAUGUCCGAGCUUUGUACUGGGAUGACUUCCUAGUUCGCGAUGUUCAAUGGGUCGAUGAUUCAAAUAAUGAGAAGCUGCGAGAACGUCACAAGUCCGAUCUCUUGUUUGAUUCGGACAACAAGCCUGGAAAGUCGCCAUUUCUAUACAACCCUUUCGUCAAGGAGACAUACAAGACCGAAGAUAAGAUUGUUGUCGUUGGCGAACCAGUCGAGCUUGUUAUCACUCUACAAAACCCCUAUGACUUUGAGAUCAGGAUCGAACAUAUGUCGCUUGUCACUGAUGGUCCAGCGAUCGAGGUCGAGGAUCAUUCGAUCAUCUUGGGACCCGCCAGACUUCAAGAUGCUGUGAUUACUGCACGCGCCAAGGAAGAGGGUCAGAUCCAUAUCGUCGGCUGUUCUAUUCGAAUGUUCGGCUGCAAGGACCAGGUCUUCCCAAUCCAUCAGUCAGCUUGGAAACCAGACCUUCCUAUCAAGUUGAAGGAAUUUGGCCUCUCAGCUCGUGAUUCUGCGUCUGCCACAACACAAUCCAGAAAUUCUAAGGGUCGGUCAUUGAGACCUAUCCUUCCUCAACUCACGACUGUUUCAGCUGUUGCCAUCCAAACUCAACCAUAUGUCAUGGUCGACAGCCUUGACCUCUUCGAAUCUGCCUUGAUGGUUCUGGAAGGACAGAANAAAACAUUACAAAUCACUCUACGAAACACAUCAUCACACGUCACUGUUGACUUCCUUCACAUCUCAUUCGACGACUCUCUUACAUCGUCCAUUCACACAGCUUUGGCAGCCAAAGAAUUGACCAAGCCAGACAUGUACGGACUUGAACUUGAGUUAUCUCACAACCCUACAUUUACAUGGGCUCGAUCAGGUGGUGGCCAAGAUAUGACAAUUCUGCCAGGACAGAAGGCAACGUUCGAGAUUACCGUUCUUGGAAAGCCAGGUCUGGCAGCAGCGAAGAUCAUGUUUGAUUAUGCGUAUUUGGGAAAACCUUUCUCAGAAGUCGAAGGUCGGGCGUUCACUCGUCAAGUCGCAGUACCAAUUGACAUCACCGUCAACGCAAGCAUCCAGCUCCACCGCAUCGACUUUAGCGAGUUUCCUGCCGACUUUGCCUGGACGAAUCGAGGAUUGCAGGAACAAGGCCAACGGCCAAAAUCACCUCGAUCACCGUCACAUCCAGUAGAAAAGGGUAACAAUCGUUUCCGAACAUUGUUGGAUCGUGUGGGCUUGGAGUCGAGCAAUGAAGACCAUUGUCUGCUCCUUCUCGAUCUGCGCAAUUCAUGGCCAAAUCCUCUAACCGUGUCUGUCCAGGUGCGCUCCUCGUCUUCUGACGAAAGCUGGGAUCGUGCCUAUACGGUUCACGAAGUGAUUCAUCCAGGCCAUAUAGCACGUCUUGUGUUACUUCUUCCUCGCCUUCACAUUGCUAACCCUUAUGCGCCCAUUCCAAUCUUGUCACAGCAAAAUCAAAGACAAUUUGUCGUUUCUGCUGAUGGACCUGUUUCUGCCGACCUUGAGCGCGCAACACGAGAGCAAUUCUGGUUCAGAGAGGAAGUGCUCAAGUACCUUCGCGGCACGUGGGAAGAGAAGGGCUCCUCUAGAAACGGCAACAUUGAUCUCCGCGGUCUGAGAAUGAGUUCAAAGAUGAUUGAAACAAUACGUCUCCAAGAUGUUGCCAUCACAAUGUCAGUUGCGUCCACUGAAAAUGAAGAUGUUCAACACACUGGCCGCAGCAGGUUUACCGUCCAAGCAGAGAGUCUGUUGACGUUACGCACGACUGUAUACAACAAGAGCAAUGCCACCAUAAAAGCACUCUUGCGCCUCCAACCCACACUCGCAGACCAGAGUUCUGCAGAAAGUAGUCUGGAUAUCUCUCGCCGAUUGCUUGUUAGCGGUGUUUUGCAGCAAUGCUUACCCGUGCUCUCUCCACACAGCUCCGUCACUGUUGAACUUGGGAUAUGUCCCCUUGUUCACGGUGAAUUUGAGGUUAGCGCAAUGGUCGAGGAAGUCGCACUUUCGGUGUCCGAGGUAAAAGGGAUUGGCGAAGUCGAGACUGAAGACUUCGAAGCCGGCAAAGAAGGGCUUGCGAGGAAGGAACGGAGGGUUUGGCGGGGUGAAGAGCCAUGUAGGAUUAUCGUCACCUAA